GUCCAGCAUCGUAGGGCCCCGCAAACGGUGCAGACCGCAAUCAAUUGCAAUCCCAAAGAGGCGUACACCGUCGACCGAACUCGCAAUAUUAUUGAGAAUCAAAGUUACUCGCGGAGCCAACGAGACUGAUCCGAGAACGCACACAUGAACGGAAUAGAACGAUUAAUUGUAGUUACCUCCAAACUAAACUCUUACCUAGCUUGGUGAACAUUGCAACGCGAUUAAUUUUCUCCAAUUAAGCCAAAUUCACACCAUCAUGUUUCGACAAACCACUCCAGUGUGCAUCGCGGCAUAGUGAAAAUGAAAAAGUAUUCCAGUCAGUGAGAUAAAUAAUGUAAUCAUUUCCCAUGUGUAAUUAAUAAAACAGAAUACAAUAACAGCCUGUGGAAAAAAAAUGUUUAUGAAAUCCGACACAUCCACAAUAGCUAUCAACGAAGCUUAUCAACAAAUCUACAAGCAAACAAAAAUGUGAAAAUUGCCACUGGAAUAACUUUUCUCAAAUAACUACAAACGAACUAAGUCUGUGUCGCGGCUAGUUUCCUUGGCGGCGACUAUUCGAAUUGGGGGGCAACUUGAGUUACCCUUUAAACGUGCCAGCCGAGCAGCUUUGCUGAAAUAGUCCGUGAAAAAUAUAAGCAGAAAUUGUCCUGAGCGAAAAUAAAAGUGAGUCAAGCUAAGGAGAAGUUCUCGAGACUGUGUAAAUAACUUGCGUCGACUUGUUUAGCAGUAUUCAAACAGAAUCGUAGGCCCAGCAAACAGCGAAUCUGCAAAUCCGCUAAAGUGAUUGAAAAUGCCAUGACGGGAUUGGAUUUUGCACUUGCGAAUUUUGGCCCUUAAAUGCGACAGUUUGACAGUGAAGUGAAGGAAAAUGAGUCUAGUGUGUUCUUUGGAAUAAAUUCAAUUAAAAUAUUUUGAUUGCGAACAGCAGAAUCUGGGAAAUGCGGAUAAUCUUUUACCCUCUUUUGGAUUACCCUUACAAGAGAACUGUGAAUGGUAUAGCCGGACUCUUUCACCAAACAUGCGAAUAGAAGGCUGAAUGAAGGCUGACUAAAUGAAUGCUCAACGACUCAUAAAGAGCCUAACAGAAGCAGCAUGUCUCCCCAAUUGCCCUGAAUUGAGGGAAAAAAUAUGCAUAUAACUUUCGUUGUGUUUGAACAACAAUUACUCAGUCGCCGUGGGAGUAGCUUUGAGACCAAGCUGUAGUGUACUGGGAAGACCACAACUUGUCACAGCCUGACACGCUUGUUUAGGCUCCUUGAUAAAAUAAAAUCUUUAUAUUCCGCACCGCAAUUGUGGGCUGGUACUGGGUAGCGAAGCGUAAGGAAAUCACUGCCAAGGAGGACGGCAAUUGCAGGAGCAGAGCCCAUUCGAGCAGAAGCCUCAACCCACGUCUAAUUGCGACUGCGUAGACCAUAGCGAACCGGGAAUAAACGGAAAAAUCGCACUGCGAGUAGGAGUAAUAGAGGAACCCCUUGCCUGACUAGAGCAUUUAGAGCCGUCUCGCUGGCCAUUUCUGUGCCCCUCGGCGGCAGCUUUGAGAUGGAGCCGCGCCAGAGCUGGAGGCGGCACCGCUCUCGCACCAGCUCCGGCCCCGUGCAUCUUGGCGCAUCACUUCUUGCGUUGGCCUUGGUGUGGUUCCACUCCCCCAGCCCCGUGCUCUGUGGCGAGAAGCUAGCGCUACUCUCAGCCACGCUGCGCACAUAUCAGAAGGCGUCGUGUGACUCGGACCAGGUGGCCAUUGCCUGCCCACGAGGCACCAGCAUUUCAAUUGAAUUUGCCCAGUACAACAAGUUCGUGGCGAAAGAUGGCUAUACCAUUGAGGAGCUGUGUCCCAUUUCUGGAGCCGCCGCCUCCGAGAUUCGUGGCAAGGCAAGGCACCUGCUCCGGGGAUCCAUCUUUGGCUCAUCCUCACAGAAAGUUCCUGCCAAUCGCUACGUAAACGGCGGCUAUGGCGGCUAUGGUUACGGAAUGGUCAUGGCCGUGCCGUCCGCACUGGAUGCGCUCACCAGCACUGGGACAAGUGCGAGUGCAAGUGCAAGUGGCUCUGAGCUGGAGCACUCCAGGAGCACUGUCAACUCUGCAAAUCCCGGCAAGUCCUCCACUGGAGGCGAGCUGCCAAGCCCCGCUGAUACGGGUGAUGAUUCGCCAGAAAAUUGCAUGUGGCCGAAUGCUCUGCAGUACUCCCUGCUCCAGACGGUGGUCGAGGCAUGCCAAAAGAAGAAGCACUGCAAGUUUCACGGAUCCCCGCAGUUCUACGGACUGGGAGCCAGCGGAGUGGGCGACUCGUCCGGCACCAGCAGCUAUCACAGCAGCACGGCCAGCUCCAAUGCAAUCAGCAACGACCCCUGCCCCAAGCGUCGCAAAAUCGUCGAAGUCGCCUACAAAUGCCGCCCAUAUGAGUUCCGCAGCAAAGUUGCCUGCCACAACGACGUUGCCCAGCUGGAGUGCAACCCGUACUCUCGCAUAGCAGUGUACAGCGCCAGUUUCGGGAGGACCGAGUACGAGAGCAUCCAGUGCCCCCAGCCGCAGGGGGUUCGCGAGGAAACGUGCCUCGCCUCAUACGCGACAGAGACCGUCAUGCAAAUUUGCCACGGACGACGACGAUGCAAUCUGGCAGCUGACGCGAAUACCUUCGGUACUCCGUGCCAGCCCAACUCGCGAAUGUAUCUGAAGGUUGUUUACACAUGUGUGCCAAAGCAAGUGCUCAAGGAGAGCAACGACUCUGAGGUCGAGCCGGACGAGUCCGACGACUUUGAAGGCGACAUCAACGACCUCUACGAUGACGAGCUGAUCUACAAGGAGUCGGAGGCGAUACCAAAGCUGUACGGCAAUACCACAGCACUCGGCAGGCGCAACAGCACCACCGGGUCUGGGCCUGGACCUGGGCCUGGGAAUGGACCAGGAACCAGUACUAAUCCUGCUGCCAACCAGACCAUGACGAACGGCACCCUGGUCGCAGAUGUGGAUGGCAGUGGCGUGAACCCUGUAAUGACACACAGUGCCGACUUGAGUCUAGAGGAUGACCAGGAGCGGCUGUACUUUUACCUGCUUAUCAUUGGGUCUCUUGGGGUGCUCUUCUGCAUCGUUAUCGUUGCCACUAGACUCGUGUUGCAGAAGCGCCGGGGCCUAGGCCUUGCAACCAACACGCACUCCAACUCUUCGAGCAAAGGAGGCGGCGGCGGUGGCGCAGGAGGCCUUGUCGAAGAGACGACAAUCCCGAGCGGCUUUAACGACACCAUCUCCGAAAUAGAUGCAGACAUCGACCUGAGUACCCCAAUACCUGUGCCAAGUGUGUCCAAGAACGAGAACUAUUUGACCUACGCGCCGGCCAGCAGCUUGUAUGCCAGCCUCGGUCCUGGCUCUGGGCCUGCCACUGGGUUGAUAGCAAAUCCCCUCCUGGUGGGAGCGCGGCAGUCGCCCGACCUCAUCGGCAUAUCCCCAAGCACCUUCGGGGCGACGAGCAGCGCCAGCGGCGGCCAAGGCCCAGUCGCGGGAAUUCUGACGCCAGCCAUUGUGAUUGGAGCCAAUGGACCAGGAGCUGGCAUUCCCGGCAGCAGCUCCAUAAGCACAAUGGUACCAAUCACUUCGCUGGCUCAGUACACGACGGCGCCGACAAUCAGGGGCGGCUAUAUCAUAAACACUGAAGGCAUGCCCAUGGGCAUGGGCAUGGGCAUGGGCAUGGGCAUGGGCAUGGGCGUUCUACAGCGUCAAACGAAUACGCCCACGCCGCCAGCCUCGCUGGCAGGAGGUUCGCCGGCGCAUCCUGCGUCACAGCAGCAUCAGUCGCCGCUAAGUAUGACGCCGCUCAGCCAUGUGCCCGGGCCAGCCAACUCCACGCUGCGCCGCUCCAAGCCGCCCAUGCUGCAGCCACAACUCUCCUACGACGGCACAGCCCCGCGCACCUUGUCCACCGGCGUUGCCGUCGGAUCACAGUUCUACUACGGAUGACAGAGCACGCUGGACUGCGAGCCCCAUGUGUACACCACAUCAGUGAGCGUCGCUGUCGCUCCUCCCAUUGUCAGCACUCAGGCGAGUAAGGACCUGCCCGGCCAUCAGUCGCUCGGAACCCUCGAGCGUGCAAAAGCUGUGCCCUAGCCACCCGGGCCCGGGGACACGGGCAUUUCUGUGCGAGGCAUCAACGACAAUACGAACAAAAUCCUAGCCAGCUCCUCACGUUUGCCACAGAACGAUGCGGAUGCAGACCAAGGAGUGCUCUCCUGCCCGGCGUUUUUGGAAUUUUGUGGAGAGAACUGAGGCGAGAAGGCGUGUUUUUUGUAUUUAAAUAUGGACGAGCUUCCGGUAACUGUAAAUACCUAAUGAAUGAAUGAAUUUCGAGAUUAUAGCCCAUA